AUGGCAGCAAAGGAAACCAAAUCGCCAGACUUGGAGCAAGGAGCCCCGGAUUUGGACCAGCAGCCUUCUGAGACGAAGCCAUCGGAUGAAGCGCAAUGCUCUGACAGGGAGGCUGCAGAUCCGAACUGGGUGCAAUGGGAUGGACGAGAUGAUCCAGAGAACCCUAUGAAUUGGCCAAACUCUUGGAAGUGCAUCAACAUUGGCAUCAUGUCACUACUCACCCUCAUUUCCCCACUGGCAUCUUCAAUGUUUGCGCCUGGAGUUCCGCAGUUGAUGGACGACUUCAACACCACCUCCAAACAGCUGGCAACCUUUGUCGUCUCCAUCUACAUGUUCGGCUAUGCCUUUGGUCCGCUCAUAUUUGCACCGCUGAGUGAAAUAUACGGACAAUUAUACCUCUAUAAUGUUGGGAAUGCCUUUUUCGUCAUUUUCUGUAUCGGUGCUGCCCUGAGCACUAGCAUCGAAAUGCUGAUGGUCUUCCGCUUCUUGAUGGGUGUCGUUGGGUCCAUUCCUACGACCAUUGGUGUCGGUAGUAUCGUGGACACAGUGACACUUGAGUUCAGGGGAAGAGCCGUAUCUCUAUGGGCUAUGGGACCGCUUCUCGGGCCAAGUAUCGGACCAACUGCUGGUGGCUACCUAAUCCACGCUGCUGGUUGGCGCUGGGUCUAUUGGCUUCUGGCCAUUUUGGGAGGUUCCUUCAGCAUUCUACUAUUUUUCAUGCGCGAGUCCUAUGCCCCUGUUAUUCUCCAGCGCAAAGCAGAGCGUCUACGGAAACAGACGGGAAACCCCGAUCUUAGGUGCGAGUUGAACACUGGUAGCCUCGAGUCUGUGAAGCUGGCGGCUGUGCGGCCCCUGAAGUUCUUGUUUACCACUCCAGUCGUCCUUUGCAUUGCUCUGUACGUCGGGAUAUCAAAUGGAAUCCUUGGUUUACUGAUCGCGACCUUCUCAUUUGUCUACGUUGAUCAGUACAAUUUCAAUGAAGGUGAAGCAGGGUUGUCGUUUUUGCCUGCUGGUUUAGGAAUGAUGGUCGGAGUCCUAAGCUUUGGUCACAUAUCGGACUUACUGGUGCGCCGCUGGAAGAAAAAGCAGGACCCUGAGAGCAAAUACCAGCCCGAGGUCAAGAUUAUCCCGUGGCUGACAGUACCCACGGGCCUCGCGCUACCUAUUGGGCUGUGCGUGUAUGGGUGGACUACCCAAGAGCAAGUGCACUGGGUUGUACCCAUGAUCGGUGUUUUUAUCUUCUCGACGGGACUGCUUGGAACAACGAUGACGCUUCAAAAUUAUCUCAUUGACUCAUAUCUACGCUAUGCUGCCUCGGGCUCUGCCGCCACGACCGUUGUUAGAUCUCUGAUCGGGGCUCUGUUGCCACUGAGCGGGCUGAGCUUGUAUGAAAGUCUCGGCCUUGGCUGGGGAAACUCUCUCCUGGGAUUUGUAUCCUUGGCAUUGAUUCCAAUUCCACUUGUUCUUUACUAUCUUGGUGAGAGGAUUCGUCGACAGUCACCAUUCUAUACCCCCCCGCCCCUAGCAGUGAAUUAG